AUGUUUGAUACUCUUGGACUCAUUUGCAUGAUUUGGUGGUGUAUGACACUAUUUCAUCCCUUGCAUGCUGACCUCCAGUGUACGGAGCCAGAGACACAAGAAUCACCUAUCACAAGCUUGACAUGGAAUCAGGGAAGAAUGGAGCUGUCCUGGGAGAGCAGCAAGAAUUUCCCUAGUUAUAUUUGUACGAUGACAAGGGGUGGUGAACAUAGAAGUAUUCAGGUGAAGAACAGAAAAUGCAGGGUUUCAGUAGAAGUUAGUCUACCUUUGCACAGAGGGAUAAACUUUACCAUUGGAGUACCAGACAUGAACAUCUUAAAACAUUGCCAAUUUAUCCCUGAAGGUAUGAAUGGGUCAGCGAUUGAAAACUUCUCCUGUGUGAUUUAUAAUGUUUCUCUCAUGAACUGCACUUGGCAGGCAGGCAGGAAUGCUCCAGGAGAUACCCAGUAUUUUCUCUACUGGAAGAAUUCAAGUGAUGAGAACGAGACAGAAUGUGAGCUUUACAUUAAAGGUGAAAAUGGCAUGCACACAGGAUGCAGAUUUCAAAAUGUGAUGAUUGAAGACAAAACUGCUUAUUUCCUGGUGAAUGGGUCUAGCAAAGAUUCCCAGAUCCAGUUCUAUGAUGACUACAUAAAACUGUAUACAAUUGAAAGAUUCACUCCUCCAUUAAAUGUCAGUGUCAACUGUACUAGCAAUCCAGCAGGUUGCAUAAUUACAUGGCAAAAACCCUAUACAAGUUAUUGGAAACGUGAAAGUUGCUUUGAGUAUGAAAUUAACAUACAAAAUAAGGAUGAGCCUGAAAAAGAUAAAAAAGAUCCUCCUGUAAUAGUAGAUGAAUAUAAAUACGAAUUCAAAAAUUAUAAUGUGAAAAAACAAUACAUUCUGAAAAUCAGAGCACGUGGAAAAAACGUAUGUAUUGUAAGCAGAAGCUGGGGGGAAUGGAGUGAACCAAUAGAGUUUGGUCAAGAAAAAGAUUACUUCAUUGUUGUGCUUUUACUUCUGAUAGUACUUGGAACAAUCUUAGUGACACUGCUCCUUUUUUUUCUUUGCAAAAGGUAUUGCAGUUUCAAAAGAAUAUUUCCUCCUAUUCCACAACCAAUAGACAAAUUUAACACAUCGCAUGAUGAAAAUAUCCAGACAGACGUGUUUCCAUCCAGUCUAAGCUGUACUAAGGAAGUAACUAUGGUUGAAGAGAUGACCUAACUUUCUAAAAAGAAAGACUUGGAUUCUUCACCACAAAAUCAUGCAUCAUGACAAUCAACAAGCAUUUAAGGUGUUCUUCACAGUACAGACUAGAAAUAAACACCUAUGAAAUUUUCCCCCAUUAAAAACAAAAAAAAUAAAAAUAAAAAUAAAAUGGAAUAGGAAGCUUUCUAAAAUACAGGCCUUAGAUUUAGAUUCCUGCUUUUUUGUAUGUACAUGUAAAAUUCCAGAUCUUUUUCUGUUAAAUGUAUUUUUCAAAAUAAACACAUUUUACCAAAUAAGUGCUUCAAUAAGGCAGAGAACAAAUGCUUUUUUUUAAAAGUCAUUUAUUGUUUGCCUCUUAUGUUCCCACACUGCAUAAUCACAUUGAAAAUUGCUGCUGCAUGACUAAGGGAAGCAAUAUACUAGAAAAAUGAACACCAAGUAGUACAUGCUGAAGUGCACAGCAUAGCUAAUUGCAGU